GACAGAGUCGCCUCUGCUCCAUCACUCCCUUCGUUUGCUCAUUUUCUUCAAAAAUCGAAUUUCCCACACAAUUUCUAACCUUCUUCCUCUCAAAUUUCAUGUUACUAACAUUCAACAUCACCAAGAAUAACACAUAAAAGCCUCAAACACCUCUUAAAAAUUCAAUCUUUACCCCAAAUCCAGUCCCUCUCUCUCCCAACCAUGUCCGAUGCAGUCAUCACAGUCAUCCUCACGCAGGUCGCCACGAUCCUCGAGAAGCAGAUUCGCGAAGAGCUCAGCCUCGUCUGCGGCGUCGGCCACCAAUUCAAGAAGCUCAGGAGCGAAUUCGAGUCGAUCAGAGCAGUGAUCGCCGACGCAGAGAAGCGUCAGGUGAGAGAAGAGUCCGUCAAAGUCUGGCUCGAAAAGCUCAGAGACGUUUCCUACGACACCGAAGACGUUCUCUCCGAAUGGAUCGCCGCGAUGCAGAAAGUCGAAAGCGACGGCUGCCGUCGCUCUAGAAAGGUGACAUCUCUCUUCACCAUGCCUUGCUUCGGUUUCGAUAGAGUUGCAUUUCGCCGUGAAAUCGCGAUGAAGAUAAAGAAAAUCAACGAGAGGCUCUCCGAUAUUGCAGCUGAGAAAGUUAGGUACAAUUUCAGUGAGGUUUUGAGUAAUGAGACUUUGGAGAGGCCCAAAACGGCGUCGUUUAUCGACGAUGCCGAGGUGGAAGGGAGGGAUGUGGAUAAGGAGAAUUUGAUUGGUCGAUUGCUGGGGCGCGAGAAUCGAGCGAAAGGCCUAAAUGUGGUGUCCUUGGUGGGGCUGGGUGGGGUCGGGAAGACGACCCUCGCCCAGCUGGCAUUUAACUCUGACGAGGUGGUCAGCCACUUCGACAGAGCGGUGUGGGUGUGCGCGUCCGACCCUUUCGACGAGGUGCGGAUCGCGAGGGCGAUUUUGGAAUUUAUCGAGGGGAGUGCCCCUUACUUGUUUGAGCUUGAGACGUUGGUUACUAAAAUUAGGAACUAUGUGGAGGGGGAGAGGUUCUUGCUGGUCUUGGAUGAUGUGUGGACAGAGGACUUUAGGAAGUGGGAGCAGCUUUGGAUGUCUUUGAAGACGGGGAAGGCCGGGAGCACGAUCCUCGUGACCACGAGGAAGGAGAGCGUGGCGAGGAUCAUGGGGAGUAGCGACCUGAUCCGGCUAGGGGGGCUCUCUGUGGCGGAUUCGUGGGCCUUGUUUGAGAAGAUCGCGUUCCUUGAGAGGAAACGCGAGAGGUUUGAGGAGGUCGGGAGGAAGAUAGCGGAGAAGUGCAAGGGGUUGCCUCUUGCAAUCAAGGCGAUAGCCGGUUUGAUGAGGUUUAAAGCCACGUUGAAAGAGUGGGAGGACGUGCUCAGGAGCGAGUUUUGGGAGUUGGAGGAGGCGGAGGCGGAGGGGCUUUUCCCGCCCUUGAUGUUGAGCUACUAUGACCUUCCUUCGAAUGUGAAGCGAUGCUUCACAUUCUGUGCGUUUUUCCCGAAGGACCACGCCAUCGAGGCUAGCAACCUCGUGCAGCUCUGGAUGGCGCACGGCUACAUGGCCGCCUCGACUGGGAAACUCCCAGUCGAGGCGGAGGCCGAGAGAGUAGGGCAGGGCUACUUGCAUACCCUUGCAAUGAGGUCCUUUUUCCAAGAUGUGGUGAGGGAUAGGGAUAGGAUUGUGAGUGUUAGAAUGCAUGAUAUGGUCCAUGAUUUCGCGCACUAUAUCGCGAAGAACGAGUGCUCUGUCGUCGAGUUCAACGCGGAUUUCCAACGGAGGAUGGAGUCCUCGCACAAGCGGGCUCGACACCUAACCGUGGUCCGGGCAGAAGGCAGUCAGUUCCCGAAUGUUACUAAUGUGGAGAAGCUCUUCACAUUGUGGGUUCAGUCUUUCUACGACACACCGCCUAUCAUAUCUCAGCUCGACCGCGUUGAUCCGGACUUCAUACGCCGUCUCCUCUCCCUCCGGGCGCUGGAUUUCAGCCGGAACCGGCUAGGGGAGCUGCCUAAAGAGAUAGGCCUUUUGAUCAAGCUGAAACACCUCAACUUGUCACAUAAUCCAUUUUGGGAGCUUCCUGAGACAUUGUGUGAUCUCUAUAAUCUGCUGACCUUGAAGCUCUCUGGUUGCCAUCAUCUCCGUAGAUUGCCCUCGAAAAUCGAGAAACUGACAAAUCUCCGACACCUCGAGAUCGACAGGACUAGUAGCCUCAAGAUGCUGCCAAAGGGAAUAGCAGAGUUGGCCUCACUUCAAACAUUGAACAAAUUCAUCAUCAUGAAUGACAGAAGCAAUGCUGCUUGUGGGCUUGUGGAGUUGAAGAGCCUGAACAAUCUGCGCGGUUGUCUGAAGAUCGAGGGGCUCGGGUUUGCAGCAGGCGCAGCUGAGGCGAAGAAGGCCGAGCUGAGGAACAAAUCGCACCUCUCUGACCUUGAGAUGGACUUCAGCCCUUUGGUCAAGAGUGGUGACAGCCAAUACGAGGUGAUCGAGGCGCUUGAGGCGCCCGAGAAUCUCGAGUCGUUGCAGAUCACGUCGUACGGGGGCACGAGCCUGCCUCGAUGGAUCAUGAAUCUCGCUAAGCUGCAGAGGAUCAUCCUCCAAGACUGCCAAAACUGCGCGGCUCUGCCUCCUCUGGCCUCGCUCCCGUUGCUCGUGACGCUUCAUUUGGAGGGGCUGAACUCUAUGAAGUGCCUUGAUUUCGACUCGUUGGGGGCGCGGGCGGAUGGGGGCGCCACGGUGGCCUUCCCGGCCUUGAAGAAGCUGAAGAUUUCGAGGAUGGAGAGGUGGGAGGAGUGGGAUGUGAGCGUGGGGGGCGCUGCGAUGCCUCGUCUCCGGUGCUUGAAGAUCUCGCAUUGUGGCAAGGUGAAGGCGCUGCCACCGCUCCUCCGUGGCUCGAUGCUGAGGAAGCUGCGAAUCGACGGCUGCCCCGUGCUCCAUCGGCUCUACAACAAGGAGAGUGGGGAGCUUUGGAGUGAGAUUGCACACAUUUCAAAAGUUAGAGUUUCUUGAAGAUGCAUUUCACUAGGAAUGAGAAUUUGUGUGUUGUUUUGGUGUGGUUUAUUUAAAUUGUUAAUGAUAUUGUUUGUGAGUUUAAACUUUUGUGUUUUGGGCUUGA